AUGGACAUCGAUGAUAUUCUCGCCUCCGUCGACCGCGAUGACGUCUCCACCCCGGAGUCCAUUGCUCUUGACCACCAACUCCUGGUGCGCUUCUGGGUCGCGGAACGCGGCGUGUCGGAGCUCCUCCCAUGGCCUGGACCACUGAUGAACCGCAUGAUGGAGCGCGUAAAGAAGCAAAUUGAAACAAUCGAAGACCUCGCCGCCUCCUCAGACCCCUCAUCCACAUCCACAACCGCUCACAACCCAACUCUGAACCUGAAACUAUCCAUCCUGCAAACAGACCUAUCGCGCACCCAAUACAUAAUCCGGAGUAUUCUACGCCAACGACUCUCCAAACUCACAAAACACAGCAUGCAUUAUCUCCUCCGCAUCGCCAAUCCGGUCCCUACUCCAUCCUCGCGCUCGCAGCAGCCCUCUCAGCAACAACCCGAAGACUCCAUCCCCGACGUGAGCAACCUGAGCGAUCCCUCGCCGCUCUCUCCGCAGGAGGUCGCGUUCCUCCAUGCGCACCAGUCCCUGCUGGCGGGGCAUUACGGUGCGUCGUUCCUGGGUUCGUUCCCACCGCAGUUGAGACGGUUGGAUGAUAAUGCCGGCGGGACAAGUAUGGUGCAGGGCCCGGAGGUGAAGGAGGUCGUAUUUGUUAGGUGUUUGGUUGAGGAGGUUAGAGUCGUGGUGCCGCCUGGGGAUGGGAUCGAGGAGGAGGAGUUCGGAACAACCAUGAGAAUGGGUGAUGUUUGGGCGGUUAGGUGGGAGGGGAUUAAAGAGGCUUGGGAAGAGGGGGAGGUGGAGAUUCUAUAA